CACGCUUGCUUCGAUGGUGCUGUCCAUAACAGGUCGUUUCUGAAAAUGCACUACAAUGGCUCCGAUUCUGCAGCAGUGUCAGCAUCCUUCGCCACACACAAUCCCGUCGGGGAUAUGCCAAUCGUCAUGAUGAUAGAUCCGAAACACCUCUUCAAGAAAAUCAGAAAUAAUAUCAUCAAACGUGGAUUUGGAAUAAAUAGCACAAGACUACUGUCGCAUCAGGCAGGGUUUAUUACCUGGCAAAUGUGGGUCAAAGCCUAUCAGUGGGACCGGGCAGCGAACCCGAGCGAGGUCUCAAGGAUACACCAUGUCCUGACAGAUGAGCACAUCUGGCCAAACAAUGGUCAGAAAAUGAGAAACAAAUUGGUAGAAGACGUCCUCGACAAGGAAAUGCUUCAUCUGUUCAAAGCUUACCAGAAAGCUGAAGGUCGAAAUGGAGAUUCGCUCAACGGUGCGAUACAGCUGCUGGAGGCAACCAGUGUUCUGAUUGCAAACUUCACCGACACGCGUCCUAUAACAUCAGUAGAAGACGAUCGGCUCCAGUGCAAUGCGAGAUCACUGCAAUGGUUCACAUCAUGGGAGGACGCCGUGAUGAGCGAUCUACAGGACACUGCCAACGUGAAGCGAAGACAGUUGAUGUCACAGGAGACACGCUUCGACAUGAAGUCCACCAUUCUGGGCUUUGAAAGUCUUGUUUGCCAGAAACAAAAAACCCAUCCGGGUACAAGCAUAAACGCUGCUCGAGUCAACAGCGAGUCAGUUGAAAACAUCUUCUGCCAGCAGAGAGCCAUUUCGCAUGGGGCCAAUGACAACUCCAAUUACAAGCAGUUUAUGUAUGGUAUGAACACCAUCAUAUUAACCGCAGACACUGUUAACAACAGCCGUUGCAACACUGGAGUAGCAGCAGAGCCCUUCUCAUUUCGAGUGCAGAAACCCAUCAAUCCGAAGAAAUAGAAGAGUGAUGUCUAGCGGAACACAAGUAUUAUUCUCCAGAAUAAAGUAGAGUGUCACCAAUGGCAAUCAACUGCAGCUGAGUAGGAGUCACCGGAUCU